AUGUGCCAGGCGAAUGCGUCGAAUGCAGAGACUGUGGAGGCAGCUUGGGGUUUUGUGAAAAGAAGUUACUUUGACCAAAGUUACAACAAUCAAGAUUGGGAAGCAGCACAUCAGCGGUACCUGGAUCGUGUGAAGAAGGGCCAGCGAGCCGAGAGCGUCGUGCGUGACAUGAUUGCGUCCCUGGGGGAUCGCUACAGCCGAGUCAUUGAUGCAGCUACUUUCGAGCAGCUCAUGGCCUUUGACCCGCUCGGGGUGGGCCUGGUGCUUGCCCGCAACGACGCCAAGCAGGUCUUUGUCAGCAGCCCGCCGUUUGCUGGAUCAGCUGCUGAAAAGGCCGGCAUCAAACAGGGAGACAUUGUCGAUUCCAUCAACAACAUGAGCUUCAAAGAGAUGUCACUCCUGGCUGUAUGUGAUCGCGUCGCACAGGGAGACGCAGCUGAAGUGAGUCUACAGCUGCAGCGGCCUGGAAAUGCUGAGGUUCGUGAGGUGAGCCUGGCAAGGCCCAGACAGGCGAAACCGCUGAACCAGGUGGAGUGCGGAGUGGUCACCGGCAAGAACGAUCGGAAGAUUGGGUAUUUCAGGCUCCGAAAUGUGGGGGCGCGGAGUGCCGUGGAUCUGCGGGCCGCUCUGGCAAAGGUCCGGAGUGACGGUGCGCAGGAGCUGGUGAUCGACUUGAGAGGCAAUCCAGGUGGUUCAUUUCCCGCUGCUCUGGAGAUUGCUGAGAUUUUCUUGAAGCCCGGCGCGGUUGCGGCGCAGGUGCAGCUCCCAACCUCUGAGAGCCGGAAGCCCCUCCGGGUUGGGGAGGGGACUUCACAGACGUCGACGGAGCCGCUGGUGGUGCUUGUUGAUGGUGGCAGUGCAAGUGCCAGCGAGGUAUUGGCUGUGGCGUUGAGGGGCAACUGCCGAGCUCCGCUUUUGGGAUCGAAGACUUUUGGGAAGGCAGCCGUUCAAGGCGUCUUUGGCCUCCCAAACAAGGAGGCGGUCGCCUUGACUGUGGCGCGAUACAGCGGCCCCAGUGGAACCCAAAUUGAAGGUGGUCUGCAGCCUGAUUUGCCGCUGCCGGGCCCUUCUCUGCCUCUGGGCAUUUCCCUCUCUGGGGCUGCGGCAGAGCUAGGUCUGCCACUGCUUCAGAACGGCGACUACGCGGCCUUGGAUGUGCGGGCCUCCCAGGCCAACGGUACGUCCCAUGCUGUGAAACGGAUUGAGGGGGUGCAGGAUUUUGUGCCGCCAAAUGCGAUUGAAGAACUGGGUACAGCAACUUUAGCACAACGUGUUCAAGUUCUCGAGUCCAUCGUUCAGCAGCAGGCGCAGCAGCUGCAGCAGAUGACGAAGGUGCUGGAGGGGGUCCAGAAGGACGUUCGCCGGACGGUAUCGGUGAUGCAGUACAACAUCUUGGCAUCGUACUUGGGCAAGAACACGCAGCCGUGGUUCCUCUACGGCGCGGACAUCAGUGCAGAGGAGCGAGAGCAGGUUUUUGCCCGAUUCAAUGCACGCGGUCCCGACGGCACGCCAAAGCAUGCGUGGCCGGACUACGCCACAGGCAUCCUGAGCCCAGAGGAGAUUGCGGAAGUGGAGCGCUAUGAUGCCUUCUUCAGGUGGGACUUCCGGCGGCAGAAGCUCUUGGAUCAGAUCGAGAUCAUGGAUCCUGACGUGCUCUCGCUGGUGGAGCUGGAUGACCACGCUUUCUUUGCAGAGUGCCUCUGCGACGAGUGGGACUCUGUCUUCCGCAAGCGGCCGCGGGCCUCGUCAGCAGACGGCUGCGGGAUUUUCUGGCGGAAGUCCAAGUUUGAGCUUCUGGCCUCGGAGGGCUUCGACAUGGUCGACGGCAGCGACGACAAGGGCCGCGAGAAGCGAGAUCGGAGUUGCGUGAUGGUCUUGUUGAAAUGGCGCGUUGCUGGACAUCACGUCCUACCCCUGGUGGUUGUGUCAACACAUCUUGCCAAGGAUCCAUACAACAAGGCCCAGACCGCCAUCCGAGUACGACAGGUGACACAGAUCAUGGCUAGCCUGACAGAGUUCACGUCAAAGCACGAGGCCAGGCACUGCCCAGUGGUCUUGCUUGGGGACCUCAAUGCACGUCACUUCGGGGAGAUCCGAGGGCACGGGGCACAGAGUUCAGAUGCUCAAGCUUCACGGAAUGAGGGUAGUAUCUUACCACAUGUUAUUCUUGUCUUCUUACUGUUGUGA